AAGCUUAAGUUAUGUAUGUUGAGGCAUGGAACAUGAUGUUCUCAAAUAAGAUCACAUUAACUAACACAAAUCUAUGUGCAAUUUUUGCCCCAUUGCCCAAGUCAGAAAAACUAGUUUCACCAAUUACAAAGUCUUGAGACUCCGCCAAAUGUUUGGAUAUGAAAACCAAUAUCUUAAGAAGAAAACAAAUACAUGAAAACUAAUCUAAUCACUGUGACUUGGUCAGCACCAAAACCAUAAAAUAAACUUAAUUUAAUUGAUCACUCACUAAUCACUAUUCCAAUCCCCACAUAUAAAAAGCUUUAGCCAGCUCAUUUUGCAAAUCAUAGCAACCAAGCUUUUAGUACCUUCCAACAUUCUAUAAUCUUUCAACUUUCAAUUCCCUCAAAAACUUUCAAAUAAACACAACUUUAGAGGCUACAAGUUACAACCAAAAAAGAAAAAGUUUUAGUACUUUUUUAAUGGCAAGGAAGAGAAAGAGCAUUGAAGUAGUGGAAGAGGGGAACAUAAUUGAGGGAAGUUUGGGAUGGGAGGAGAUGGUGAAGCAAGCUGCAGUGCUUGGUGGAGCGAGGAGGGCGAGGAAGCGCUACGUUGGCGUCCGGCAGAGGCCGUCUGGAAGAUGGGUGGCCGAGAUUAAAGACACAAUUCAGAAGAUAAGAGUCUGGCUCGGAACCUUCGACACUGCAGAAGAAGCUGCCAGAGCUUAUGACGAGGCGGCGUGCCUUCUUCGUGGCGCCAACACAAGAACAAACUUCUGGCCUUGUUCUCAAUCCUCCACAAGCCCUGCUCUGUCUUCAAAGAUCACAAAUCUGCUCCUUCAAAGGCUUAAGGAAAGGAACAACACUUGUUCUGCUUCGAAUUCUGUUCUUAUCAAUCAAGAAAUUCAACAAGUGGAGGCAUGCGGAGGGACUAAUUCACCAGAAUUCUCAAUUGAUCAAUUCAAUGACCUCCUCAAUGAGGAAGAUUACGGCGCAAGCAACACCGAAUUCGUCGACAACGCUGCACGGAUUGAUUACAUCACAAGCAGCUUUGAGUCUUGCUUGGCCGACAACAACAACAGCACGGAUUACAAGCCGGCGAGCGACGACGACAGCGAAGGAGAAAGCUCGGAUUUCGGCCUCCAAAGCUAUGCAGAUUUCGCGUUUCUUGACAACAUCUCUGCGCCGCCGAGCAGCUAUUACUCGCCGUUCGAGAUGGCGCAGGAGAUGGAUGAAGCAGUGGAAGCAGAGAACUACGGCAUACCUGAGUGCUUGAAGAGAAUGAAGUAUGAGAGAAAGUUCUCAGCUUCACUCUAUGCCUUCAAUGGAAUACCUGAAUGCUUGAAGUUGAAACUUGAAUCAGGGAACAUAAAGGGUAGAACCGGAAUUUCCAUGGCUGACCAAUUGACAAGCCUUCAAAUGGCUUGUAACAAAAACAAACAAGAGAAGAAGAUUGAUGAUGACAAAGAAGAAGAAAAUAUUGAUCAACCAAUGCCAAUUGACAUGAAUUCCUCUUCUUCUUCUUCGUCGUCGUCGUCAAGUAUUGUUGAUGCAGAACUCUUGUUUUGGAGCUCACUAGAUCUUUCACCUAUUUACACAAAAUCUUUCCCCUAUUUGAAUUGUUAACUUGCUGGAAAAGGAAAAUGGAUCAAUGAGUUUGUAAUAGUCAUAAUUUAAUUUUAAGUAACUUAUACUUUGGUUUUCCAUAUAUCUAUUUCACUAAUGGCAAUCUUGAUGGAGUUACAGUGGGUGCUUUACUCAACUAAGAUUUUAAUUUUGCUCACUUUUAUGUGUUGUAACAUCAGAUUUUGUAUUAACAU